ACCCAGAAAAAUUUAUGAUAAGCGAUAACACUAUUAUUACUAGCAUGGAGUCUCUCUUGUUUCUUUCGUUACUUGAUGUUGAAGAUAAUAGUAUAGAACUUCCUUUAUUAUUUUGGUUAUUUAAUACAAAAAACAGUAGCAGUAACAUGGAUAUUAGCUUUCAAAAUAUCUGUGAAAUAGAAGGUGAUUUGAAUAUAUAUGAAAUUACUGCACUAGUUCAAGAAGACUUAUUUAAAGAUAAUAAAGACCCAGAACUACCUUAUUUUAAUAUGCUGCCAAAGAAUGAUAUUGACCAGUUAGUUGUAUAUGAAACUUUACAAAUAACUAAUAUAAGAGAGUUAUUAUUUCCCAAUGAAUUAUCAGAAAGCAUUAAUAAGAGCGAUG